AUGUAAGUACAGGAAUCUCUUUUUUUCUCUCAAUUAUCAGAGGGGAUGCAGUUUGCAGGAGAUGAAGCUAUUCGCCGAUUAUCGAGAAACGGGGUUUGGGGAUUAAAAUAUAAUACAUCAUGGAAUAUGAGAUGGGAUUUUUAAGGCUUCGCCAAAAUGGGCCGGUUGCUUAAGAUAAAUGCUGAAGAAUCCGUGUGGCGUCGAGAUUUCAUACUAUCAACAAUUAGCGACGGAAUAGCACGAGAAAAACUACUUUUGCCUUCGCAAUUUUGAUAUAAUAGCUAACAGUAUUUCUCAUAGGGUCUUCGAGGUUUCGCUUCCACCCUCGUCGUAUUAACUCAUAUCGCCAGAGCUUUCGAUGGCGAACUAUUCCUCCCAGCCUCUCAUGAGGGCGCGCAGCCCCGACCUAUGCAGCUACCGUUUUUGCGAAUCCUCGUUCAAGGUCGUAUCGGCGUUACUAUUUUCUCUUUUGUUACCGGUUACGUCUGCGCUCUGAAGCCCAUUAAACUAUAUCGACAGAACAACCAGGACAUCGCCUUCACAUCCAUCGCCAAGUCAGCCCUUCGUCGUGUUCCUCGACUCGUUAUCCCUUGUGCUUUUGCGACGUUCUUGAUUUGGAUUAUGGCGAACUUGGGUAUGUUUCUGGUUGCGAAGCAGAGCGACUGUUGGUGGUGUGGUAAGACCGCACCCGACCGCCAGGCUACUGCAUUUCUCUCUGUGAAGCACUUGGUUCAGAACAUUGUUUCGACCUGGACGAGAGGUCAAAACGCGUACGAUGGAAAUCAAUGGACACUAUUACCUCUACUGAAGGGGAGUAUGGAGGUAUACACGUUCGUUAUUGCCACCGCCUACAUUCGACCUCAAUUCCGAAUGAUUCUGAGCUUGAUGAUGUUUGCCUACUUCUGGAUUGGAUCGGAUUCGGCUUUCGGAAUGCAAUUCUUCUGGGGUGUUUUCCUCUGCGAUUUACAGAACCAUCCUCCCGCAACCGAAUGGCUUACCCGCCGAGCAAGAUUAUCACAGGUUCUAGCUGCGGUUUUCUUGUUUCUGGGUCUAUACAUCGCUUCAUUCCCGGAGGGGCACCCAGAAUGGAUGACUUGGUCGAACUACCAAUUCAAGGUGCUUAAGCACAUCCUACCCAAGGAUCCCGACUAUCCUCGAUUCGCCUCCGGAAUUGGCCUAGAGUUGAUUACCUUAGGCUUACACUUUAGCCCCGCGCUACGAGACGUGCUAUCGAGCAAGGUCCUCCUUUGGUUCGGCAAGCAGUCUUUUGCUGUGUAUCUCCUUCAUGGUCCCCUUCUUCGCAGUGUACUCUGCUGGAUGGUUUAUGGAAUUCGUGUCCCGCCGCCUAUUACUAACGACAAGGGUGAAACGAUCCACGGCACACUCAUGUUCCCUAGCGGAUGGCGAUUGAUGAUCUCGCUUCCGUUCUGGAUUCCCCUCAAUUACGGUGCGGCCAUGCUUUGGACAGGCUACGUCGAUCCGUGGUGCGCAAAUCUAACGGAGAAGAUCGUGGGCAAGGUCAUGUUGGCACGUGACGAGAAGGGUGUUCUGCUGCCACAGUAGGGAGGUGGCACCGAUCGUCCCGACAAGCGCAACGAUGACAUUGAGUUGGAAACAAUAAAGAAGAAUGAAUCUCAAGAAGAGGUUCUUCGG